AAUGAAAAGAGAGAGGGGCAAAGGAAAAGUUAAAAGAAAAGAAAAAAAAAAUCUAAGUGAAAAAAAUUUGGUGGCGACACGUGCCCAGAUGGUUCAAUUUUAAUGCGUAGCAUGGGUAUAUAUUGGAAAGGAGGCCGGAGCAAAAUCGGCCACUGACCGGCCAGACCCGCGACUGUCAUUCCCAUCAGUUCCACCCAGAGUCUCGCUCUGUGUCUCUCUGCGGCAUUUCUGGAGCUCUUCUUCCUGAAGACAACGAUUGUAAGAGUGAGGAAGAGAGAACAUUUCGCUGGCUUGUUAUUUUGUUUCUAAAGCUUUUGGCAUCAAAUAAGAAAAGGAAAAGUGAAAGCAUGGCUGGCUCGUCCACUGUUCUCUACUCCCAUUUCUUGCUUUUCUCUACACACUGAAGUGUAAAGAACGCGUCUUCUCUUCAUACACGUAGAAAGUAGGCAUCUUCAUGGCAGGCAAUGGCCUGCCAUCUUUGGGUCGCGUGAAGCUUACUGAUCUAAUACCUUCAGAAGGCAUUCCUUCUGAUUCUUACAGACUAUCAGUGUCAACUUUGUCUCAGUCACUGGCUCAAUAUUCUGCUGCCAUCAUUCAGCUUCCAGCAAGUGAUGGGGCUCUUCUAAGAUCUUGUUUGGAUUCGGCUCGCCUCUACUUCCAUCAAAAAACAUCGUAUCCAGCUGCUAAUAUGAUUCAUACCAAUGACUCCCGUGAAUGGUGCAAGACGUCUGGCUAUUAUGCCGAUCCUCAAUUGUGGCAAGAAACCUAUGAUUACAGACCAGGGCUGACUCCUGCAGAGCCCAAUAAUGCAAUGGAAUUUCCACCAGCAGGAUUACCUGACAUCUUUGCACUGCUUGGAAAGGCAGCUCGGGAUAUAUUGGAUGCCAUCAGCUUCUACUUGAAUUUACGUAGCUCUCCAUUUACUGAAAUACUUGAUAAUGUUCCUUUGAGAGGUAGGGAAAUAUCAUCUUCAGUCCUGUCUAUUUGCUGUCGUGCAAGGCCAUCAUUUCAGGGAGCACAACACCAUAAUCUAGCAACACAAGAAGAUGGUCAGUUGGUUAUUUUUCCUGACCAUGAGCAGCAAGUUGAUAAAAGCUUGAUCUCCCUUGUUAAGUCAGAUAAAGCAGGUUUUCAUGUAAGAGAUCUUCAUGGUCGGUGGGUUCUUGUGGAUGGGGAUCUUGGCCCCCAAGAAGCCAUUGUGUACCCUGGACUCGCGCUGUACCAGGCAACUGCAGGCUAUGUGAGCCCAGCACUGCACAGAACAGAGAUUGGUAAUCCACAGGGGAACAUGUUUGGACGAUGUUCUUUGGCUUUCAAGCUCAUGCCCAAAUCCAUGACUAGUCUCAAUUGUUCAGAGAUGAGGGCAGCUGGUCAUGGAGUUGAAGCUCAGUUCCAGCUUCCAAUACCAGUGGAUGACUUUAUGCAGAGAUCCCACCACACUGAUCAAUUCUUUAAUCGGAACAGCUUCUCAAGUUUCAAUUUUCCUACUGCCCAAGAUGGAUCUAUGAAGCCAGUGAUGAGGAGGAGGAAAAAUAAUUCAAGAUGCAAGCCUCUGCCACCUUCUAAGAGGUUACGGCUUGAAGCACAGAGAGUUCUCAAGGAGAGGGUUCAAGACAUUGCUGAUAAGAAGGGCAUCAAGCUGAGGUUCUGCAACCUGAAAGAGUGUGAGAGUCACAUCCACUCACUUGACAGUCCAUGCACCAACAUAAGAAUGGAGAUUGGCUGGCCACAAGGAGUUCCAUUUGUUCAUCCCCAUGAUCUUCCUAAUAAAGCAAAGAUUGGUUUUCUUGAAGCCUAUGAGCCUGGGUGGACAGCCACUCAUGAUAUGGAGAUCUCUGGACGAAGAAGAGGAUUGGUGGAUGGCUUGUACUAUAUCGAUGGUGGUCAUGGAACUUGUCUCAUGGUGUAUGAUAUGUGGUAACCCUUGAUAAUCAUGAGUAAUGUUUGCAGGGCAUAAAUUUUUUCUGAUAUGUUUUCCGGUUUGUGAGAAAUUAAUUUGUUGGAUUUUUGUUUCUCAUCCUGGAUUGUGUGUCGGCAAUUCUGUGUGUAGUUCUCACCAGAGAUGAUAGAUUGUCUGUAAAUACAUAAUCAUUGGGCAGGAACUUGAAAUAUUUAUAUUUUUCUUCCCUUCACUCGGCACGGAGCUCCCCUGGCCUAAAGUUGCUCUCAAGGGUAUUAGAUGCGAUCUUAGUUAGAGAAGAACGUAGAACGGCAUGAGUCACUUGCACUUUGGAGUCCAUGAUUGAAUGGCUGAAUUAUUUAUGCACUUAGAUGAGCUGUGUGGCGUUGAUGCUGCAACCAAUCUGUUCUGUGGAAGGAGAACGUCACUGCUGUCAUUUAUGCUCUUUACUCAGAUGAACAGUGUGGCUUUGAUACUGUAACCAAUCUGUUCUAUGGAAGGAAUUUCAUUGUUGUACGGAUAAAAAGAAAGCAAGCUUCAAAGCACUUAGUUUCCUUCCUUGUACAAAUCCCUCUGUUUUGCAACAGGACUGAAAUUAGUGGCACCCCAAUUUUUUAUUUAUGAAAUAUGGCUUUUCUUGGAGUUCA